AUGCAACAUCUGAAGCCAUGGCGAGCUCUGCUCCUUUUGGCGGUGCUCUACCAACCAGCUGUCUCGGAGAAAUACGGUUGCCUGUUUGAGAGAAAAUUGUGCAUGAGGGAUCAGUUCUGCUCUGAUGAUGGGCUGUUUGGCCAGUGUCGGAGCUCCAGCCAGGACCUGGUCCAGUACCAGGUGACAGUUCCUGUGCUGAAGAGGAUGCAGGAAGUCCUCAAACAGCUCAUGUUGCAAGGUCUGUCAUGGCAAGAUGACAUCACCCAGUAUAUCUUAUCAAAAGAGCUAAAGAGAGUUCCCCAUAACACUGUUCCCUCGAAGCCAAGCUCCUCCUCGCCCUCUUCUCAUUUUUCUCACUCAAAACAGCACGUCUCCCACCACCCCAACUCCAAACAGGGACCCACAUCUUCUGGCGGUAAAUAUGUGGACUAUAUGUAUGUGGAGCCUCCUCAGUCCCCGCUGCGCAUGCAAGCAGCGUCCUUGGACCCGUACGCAUACCACCAGCAGAGAUACCAAGAUGAAGAGGAGAGAUCUCUUCUGAGCGCGGGAGGCGGAUAUGCCCGCCCACCUUCCAGGUCCCAGGCCAGCCAGAGAGAACGAGAGCGAGACAGGCAGCUGCUGCAGGAAGCUCUGUCGCUCUACCUGGCUUCUGCACAGCCGUCUCAGCGGCACAGAGGGUCUGCUCCCAUAGCUCCUGCAGCUCUCCCUUAUUAUCAGGACAUAGAGAUACCAGUGGACUAUGUGGAAGACUACACCCUAGAGGAGAGGCUUGGUACUGCAGGCAGACAACAAAACUUGCAGAAUAAGAAAGUGCCACAGGACUCUGCUUCCCUGGCUGCUAACAAUGAUGGCUUGCUCCAGAGGAUGUUGGGUGUCUUGCAGAGGUACAACAUUGAUCCCAGGGAACUCAGUCAGGAGCAGCUCUACAAGCUGGCUCUCAUUCUGCAGCUGUUGCAAGGGCAGGAGAAAACCGACCCAAAUGAGAAAGAUCUCAUCGCUCUUAAGCAGAUGCAGUUUUUGCAAAAAGAGAGUAUGCCUAAACCAGAGAAGGCUGCUUCUGUUCCUGGUCCACUUGAUGCUCCUGCCGCUUCCUCCGCUCCACUCCCUGAUAAAACCCUAGCUAAGAAUGCCAGCCUCCCCACGUCUGCCUCCAGACCUCCACAGGCUGUCCCUGCUGAAUUUGAAAAAGGCUUUAAAGAGCCUUUAGUGGAGGGUACCGGAGGCAAAGAGGAAUAUGGUUACAUCGUCACCAACCAGAGUCCCCUGAGUCUGUAUGACGGAGUGAAGCUGUUGCAGCUUCUGGCUGAAAAAAUACACCUGACAACCAGCAGCUUCAUCAACAUCAGCGUGGUGGGUCAGGCGCUGACUUUCCGCAUCCGCCAGAAUGAACACAACAUGACGGCUGCAGAGGUGGCCGCCAAAGCCGAAUCUGAGAAGAACUUUCUGGAGUCUGAGACUGGCCUGAAAAUUGUCCAGACUGGGGUUGGAGAGAGAACAGAUGCACGAGGUCUUCCUCAGGUCAUUAGGGUUCCCCCAGGAUCCAGCGGUACAGUCGUCACCCUUGUUUCCAUGGCAGUGGUUGGCGGUGUGCUCGUCCUGGCCAUGGGGGUGGCGUGUUUCAGGCACUACGGUCAUCAGGUGGCCAACGGGAAGCUCGGCCUGGGCCCAGAAGGAGGAGCAGACACACACUUUGACUACCAGGAGCUCUGCCGGCAGCACAUGGCAUCCAAAUCCUCCCUCUGCCGCCAAGAUUGCGUUGCAGGGGUGAGCGGCGGCAUUGCGGGGCCUGCCACGGGAGCUGGAGCUGGCGGACGGAGGGGCACUGACACGUCCCGUGUCAGCAGCGUGUCCUCCCAGUUCAGCGACGGCCCGCAGCACAGCCCGUCCUCCACUCACAGCUCUACCCCAUCCUGGAGCGAGGAGCCAGCCCAGUCUAAUAUGGACAUUUCCACGGGUCACAUGAUACUGGCGUACAUGGAGGACCACCUGCGUAACAAGGACCGGCUGCAGAAGGAGUGGGAGGCUCUGUGCUCCUACCAGGCGGAGCCCUGCUCUGUAGCUGUGGCCCAGGAGCCUGCCAACAUGGACCGAAAUCGUCACGCUGAAGCCCUCCCCUAUGAUCACUCUCGUGUGAAGCUGAAGCACGACGUAAACCCCAAUAAACAAGAUUACAUCAACGCCAGUUUUAUCUUUGAUCAUGACCCUCGCCAACCAGCCUAUAUUGCCACACAGGGACCUCUGCCACACACUGUUGCUGAUUUCUGGCAGAUGGUUUGGGAGAAUGGCUGCACAGUGAUCGUGAUGAUGACCGCUCUGGUGGAAGACGGGGAGAAGCAGAGCGAACGGUACUGGCCAGAUGAGGGUUCUUCUCUCUACCACAUCUAUGAGGUGAAUCUGGUGUCAGAGCACAUCUGGUGUAAGGACUUCCUGGUGCGCAGCUUCUACUUAAAGAACGUCCAGACGCAGGAGACAAGAACAUUGACUCAGUUUCACUUGCUGAGCUGGCCGGGUGACGGCAUUCCCACCUCCACGAGACCGCUGCUCGACUUUCGCAGGAAGGUGAAUAAAUGUUACCGAGGUCGUUCCUGUCCCAUCAUUGUUCACUGCAGCGAUGGGACGAGCAGGGCUGGCACGUACAUCCUCAUUGACAUGGUGCUGAAUCGCAUGGCUAAAGGAGUAAAGGAGAUCGACAUCGCAGCCACAUUGGAGCACAUCAGAGACCAGAGGCCUGGACUGGUUCGCACCAAGGACCAGUUUGAGUUUGCACUGACAGCAGUUGCCGAGGAGGUGAACGCCAUCUUGAAAGCCCUGCCGCAGUAGCCGAGGAACAUGACCGCAACACACCAAAAUAACGUGCUCCAAAGGAGAUAUCCCUCAGAUCUGUUUAAUCUAGGUUCAUUGUACCGAGAAGAGUCGGAUCAGCCACACAGAAACAUAAAUGUCAUUACAGCCUCGUUUUCCCGUUGACUUUGUUGAUUUUUUAAAGCUUUUUAAGGCUUAACGACAUGAAAUAAGGGUGGUGACUGGUGUCUGGCUGGAUACAGAUAGGACCACAUUUACUCAAAGUCCACAGCACACACAUAACAUCUAUCUUUGGUCUCUGACAAGUCCACCUAACUACAAAAGGAUGCAGCCAUCAGACGUAAAAUUAAAACACUUGUGCCUGUUUGAGUAUAGAUCUAUGUUUUACCAAGUGUCUCCCAUGAGUGAAGAAUAUUUAUGUGGCCAGUCAGAGAGGAGACAAAAUACCUCCGUAUGACUAUGAUGUCAUAAAAUAUAUCUCAGUGCCCGCUGGAUAACAAACUUGACUUUUUUGCUGCAUUGAAUGACCAAUGUUAAAACCAAACAUCUAUUGCAUCCAUCUUACUAAGGCAAGUAAGAUUAAUGUCAAUUUUAAAUAUUCGGAUGUGGUGUUUUGUGUCAAAAGAACUUUGAAGUGUCAAUGGUGUCGCUUUCUGGACUUAUUUUUGUUUUUACCUCUGAGGCUUUGUCUUUGGCUUGCAGAUGCGUCCUCUUCCAGCGCUGCUUCUUUAAUCAAUGGAUGGCAUCCACUGACAUCACCGGCUCUUUCUAUUUCUGUGCACACCGUUGCUUUGCUCGUAUUCCUUUACCAUUUUGGUCAAUGUGUGCCCUUGUGAUUAUUGUAAAUAAUUCAUGCUGAUGAUUGUGUUUAUUUCAUGUAGCAGACAAAUAGAAAAUAUCUAUAAAAAAUGUAUUUUUGACUUGACCUAAAUAAAUUUGUGAUGUGAUGCAGCAGAAAAAAAAUAAUAAUU